CCCUUCCGUCGCGGCUUAUCCGCCGUCUCCCCGCCGCGGCAGAUUUCUAGGAAGAUUUCACUCCGAGAGCUUAACUGGUUGCCCUCCUUUCUUCACAGGAGAUUCCCAAGGGUAAAAGAUGGAGUGAUCGAAGAACUUGCUCAUACUCGGAAAGAAUCAUCAAGAAUCCUCUGCGAAUCUUCUCAGCCACCGACCGAGUCUUCCUCCGCUUAGAUAGGCCCCAAAUCUCGGGAGCGAUCGAACCCUCUACGCCACUUGAAAACCACCAUCUGGAUUUUGGUACUUCAUUAGGACUGUGCGAAGUGCGAACUUGAGACUAAGAUGAGAAGAGGUUUAAGAAGCAAGCGGGAAAGAAAAAAGAAAUCGAACAAUGUGAAGGACGGAAUCGAGAGCUUUUGGACGAUUUGUCCAUAUUGCUAUUAUAUCUACAAGUACCAGAUAGUGUAUCUCGACUGCUGUCUCCGGUGCCAGAACUGUCAAAGGGCUUUCCAGGCGGUCGCCAUUAAAGGACCAUUACCCAAGAUUACAAUGGUGGAGGGGAAGGAGCUGUAUAAUGUUAGUCUAGGGUUAUUUAAAAUUUGCUACUCUUCUGAAGAGAUUGCGGCUGCGGAUGAUAAAGAAACAAAGGUCGAUGUUGACAGUGAGACAACUGUAGGUUAUGAAACUGAGGAUUAUAUCGAUGUCGAUUCUGGUAGUAAUAACAUACAACGGAGAAGGGUGAUUGCGAACCAGGAGAGCACAUCGACCCAUCUGAAUCUCAAGGAAUUUUGUGAAAAGUUGAAGGAGAAAUUGGGUACUCUCGACGAGGAUGAUCGUGCAAAGCAAGAGAUUUCUCAGUUACAGUCAAGAUCUUGUGGGGAACUUUCAAUCGUGCAGUCGGUGGGAACUGGGGAGACAAUCAGAAGUGGGAUUGAGAACAGACGUGGAUUGAUGGCUGCUGAUCAUUUGGACAAUGAACUCAACGGGGAAUAUGAAUGUGGCGAGAUGGAAUUUUGCAUGGAUAAUGAUGAUAUCUUCGUUGAUUUACCAGAACUUUGAUGUUGGAACUUGGAAGUAGCAGCUAUAGUAUCUGGAGUGCUGGUUUUUGUUCGUUUUCAAAUUAUUUCGUUAUUGUUGAAAACUGGUGACUGAAUACUGGAAAGUUCUCUCUUGAUGUAUGAAAAGAGGUCCUCGCUUUCAAUUACUGCUAUUCUCUUCCCUUCCAGAAAGGUGCAACUGAAAGGCGAACCUUGUUACCCCAUGGUUUUACUGCACCAGGUCAUGCAGUCCAUGCAGAGCUACCCAACUGCAGGAACUAUGGAACGGAUCUAUCCUCAAUGGCAACCUCCAACAAUCAAGAAUUACAGCCCAAUCUCAUCCUUGCCAAGGAAGGAGCCUAAAUUAUAUGCAGCCCAGAAGCACCGCCUGGCAGAGCAGAACAGAAGGAACAGAAUCAGCGGCCAAUAUGCCACCCUCCGUGCCAUCCUCCCCAGCCUAUCCAAAACGGAUAAGCGUAAGCACAAAAAGGCUUUUGUGCUUGCUGAGACAAUCCGUAGGGUGAAGGAGCUUAAGAAGCUUGUAUCGGAAAAGACAGCAGCCAAUCGAGGGGUCAAGGAAUGUGGGAUCCCUAGUGGGGCAAAUAGGUUGAGCUUAGAAAACUGUGAUGGUGUUGAAGGGAUGGUGAAGGCUGUUAUGAGCUGCGAAGACAGGCAGGACAUCAUGGCAGAAUUGGGGAAAGCACUGAAAACAGUGAAGAUGAAAGUGGUGAGAGCAGAGAUGGUGACUGUGGGUGGAAGGAACAAGUUUGUUCUGUGGAUGCAAGGCCCUAAAGAAGGACCUGCAGCAGGAGGGGUUAAGAGGGCUUUGGAUGCUGUUAUGAGAAAGCCUUCAUGGAUUGCUAGAAAACCCAGAACUGAUUGGCAUACCCGACUCCCAACACCUAACAGGUACGGCUAUUGAAAAUGUCUGUUCUUUCUCUAAGUAACAUAAUUAGCAGUUUGUAAUUAGUUGUGAUGGCCUUUCUGGAGCCAUCCAGCCUCUAAUAUCAAUACUAUCGGGACAUAAUACCGAAAAUUAUACGU